GUCGCCCGCGCCCGCGCCCGUGCCGCCGCCGCCGCCGCUGUGCCCGCGAGCGGGAGCCCGAGUCGCCGCCGCCAAGCGCAACCCGAGGCACGCCGAGCCCGUCCGCCGCCGCCAUGGCCACCACGGUGACCUGCACCCGCUUCACCGACGAGUACCAGCUCUACGAGGAUAUUGGCAAGGGGGCUUUCUCUGUGGUCCGACGCUGUGUCAAACUCUGCACUGGACACGAGUACGCGGCCAAGAUCAUCAACACUAAGAAGCUGUCCGCCAGAGAUCACCAGAAGCUGGAGAGAGAGGCUCGGAUCUGCCGCCUUCUGAAGCAUUCCAACAUCGUGCGCCUCCACGACAGCAUCUCCGAGGAGAGCUUCCACUACCUCGUCUUUGACCUGGUCACUGGUGGGGAGCUCUUUGAGGACAUCGUGGCCAGAGAGUACUACAGCGAGGCAGAUGCCAGUCACUGCAUCCAGCAGAUCCUUGAGGCGGUUCUCCACUGCCACCAAAUGGGGGUCGUCCACAGAGACCUCAAGCCUGAGAACCUGCUCCUGGCUAGCAAGUGCAAAGGUGCCGCCGUGAAGCUGGCCGACUUCGGCCUCGCGAUCGAGGUGCAGGGGGACCAGCAGGCGUGGUUUGGGUUCGCCGGCACGCCGGGCUACCUGUCCCCGGAGGUCCUACGCAAGGAAGCCUACGGCAAGCCCGUGGACAUCUGGGCAUGUGGGGUGAUUCUGUAUAUCCUGCUCGUGGGCUAUCCCCCAUUCUGGGACGAGGACCAGCACAAGCUGUAUCAGCAGAUCAAGGCUGGAGCCUACGACUUCCCAUCCCCCGAGUGGGACACAGUCACUCCUGAAGCCAAAAACCUCAUCAACCAGAUGCUGACCAUCAACCCCGCCAAACGCAUCACGGCCCACGAGGCCCUCAAGCACCCGUGGGUCUGCCAACGCUCCACGGUGGCCUCCAUGAUGCACAGACAAGAGACUGUGGAGUGUCUGAAGAAGUUCAACGCCCGGAGAAAGCUCAAGGGAGCGAUCCUCACCACCAUGCUGGCCACGCGAAACUUCUCAGUGGGCAGACAGACCACCGCUCCGGCCACAAUGUCCGCUGCGCCCUCCGGUGCCCCCAUGGGGCUGGUGGAACAAGCCAAGAGUUUACUCAACAAGAAAGCGGACGGAGUCAAGCCCCAGACGAAUAGCACCAAAAACAGCGCAGCCGUCACCAGCCCCAAGGGGACGCUCCCUCCCGCCGCCCUGGAGCCUCAAACCACCGUUAUCCAUAACCCUGUGGACGGGAUUAAGGAGUCAUCUGACAGCACCAACACCACCAUCGAGGAUGAGGACACGAAAGCCCGCAAACAGGAAAUCAUCAAAAUCACUGAACAGCUCAUUGAGGCCGUCAACAACGGCGACUUUGAGGCCUACGCGAAAAUCUGUGACCCCGGCCUGACCUCCUUUGAGCCAGAAGCUCUGGGCAACCUGGUAGAAGGCAUGGACUUCCACAGAUUCUACUUUGAGAACUUGCUCGCCAAGAACAGCAAGCCGAUCCACACGACCAUCCUGAACCCGCACGUGCACGUCAUCGGCGAGGACGCGGCGUGCAUCGCCUACAUCCGCCUCACGCAGUACAUCGACGGGCAGGGCCGGCCCCGCACCAGCCAGUCCGAGGAGACCCGCGUGUGGCACCGCCGCGACGGCAAGUGGCAGAACGUGCACUUCCACUGCUCGGGCGCGCCCGUGGCCCCGCUGCAGUGAAGAGCCGACGCCGUGGUCCAUCCUGACAGAGUUGGUGUUUGAAGCCAAGCCGCCCUCCGGGCGCACGGCCUGCCUGUCGCAUGUUCGUGUCUGCCUCGUCCCCUCCCCUGGUGCCUGUGUCUGCAGAAAAACCAAGACCAGAUGUGAUCUCUUUUUAAAAAACAAAAUGACGGCAACUUACAACCAUCAGAAAAAAAAAAAUUGACAUCAGAUGAAAUGGAAAAAAAAAAGGCAAAAACUAAACCAAGAGAAAAAGCUGUAAAAAAAAAGAAAAGAAAAAUCACUGGCGUUUGUGGGGCUUUGAAACCGACCAGCUGCGCCUGCCCCCACAGCUCCACGUGUGUCCGGCUCCUGCUCUCCAGCUCCUGGGGGCCCAGGUGUGGCAGUGAAAUUGUCCCCAGGGCUCCACCACCUCCGUUGACUCCCCCUCCCCACCCCGUGUUGAACAGUGUUAGUUUGUUAGAUGACAUACACACACACAGACACACACACACACACAACCUAAGGUAUUUUGCAUUCUCUCUGCCAACGCAUGGGCCUCUGCAGUGGUGUGCUUGCAAGUGGCUGUCGUGACCUGUCAGGUGUUUUUGGGGAACGGGGCUGUAUCUGUCCCUCUGGGCCUCCCCUCCUCUCUCCGCUAGUCGUGACUGAGAGUUGCUGUUGUUCCCUCCUGCUUUCUUUCUUUCUUUCCUUCCUUUCGCCUGUCAUCCUUCCCUCCCUGUCAGGGGUGGCCGUGGGGCUCCCGCCCUGGGCCCAGCCAUGGCUGAUGAACACCCACAGAGGGCCAGGCCAGCCCCUCCUGCCCCCGGAGCUGCCCACGGGCCCUGGCGAGAGCAGGUUGUCACCAGGAGGCUGGAGCAGGCCGGGGCUGGCCUUUUCCUGCCUGGGCCUCGGAUCCCACCAUACACAUUGGGAGGAAAAUGGAGACGCUGUGGAAAAGACAGAUUGGGGCUGGGGACUCGGACCUGGCUUGGCCGCAGUUCUCCAGACUAUCCUGGAAGGCUCCAGAGCUCCCAGGUCUGCCCUUUCCAGGGGCUGGUGAGGUGCAGACGUGGGGCACACUUUGGUUUCAGACUUCUUGCCUGGCAAGGCAGCUGGGAGGACUGUGCUUCUGUGGCUUCCAUGUGCCCCUCCUCCUCCUGCCGGAUCUCCUGGUCAGCAGCACGUGGAUCAGCGGCUCUGCCCGGCGGCCCUCUCCUGGGCGGCCUGGAAGCAGACACACCGAGGGGCUGUGGGUCCCCUGUUCCUGCCUGAAGCCGGAGGAGGCUGGGCUGGGCAUCUGGGGACUGAGGUCUGUGGUAGGUGGGGCCGUGGGCUUCCCGGCAGGAAGUGGCAGAGAGGGUGGGGGGCAUGGAGACAGGUGGCCGUCCAGGUUCCUGGGCAGCGGUAGGUCUUCUGAUGUCUGGUCUGGGAGCAGUGAAGAAAUUAGAGGGGAGGACUCUACUGAGCCUGGUGGGGAGGGCAAGGCUGGCUAAAGGGUGGGGGUCAGGGGGCAGUGCUUGGGAUGUCAGCUUUAGGGCUGAAGCCUCCCCACCCUAGCUAACACCCCCUGAAUCCCAGCUCCUCUCCAGCCCUGGUGAAGGCUGUAGUGGGUGUGCCAAGGGCCAGCAGAGUCUCGGUAUGGGACAGAGAAAAGGCUGCGUGUGGGAGAGACGCAGGUCAGGUGGGGCCUCCGGGGAGACAGAGGUCCAGGAUGCCAAAAGCUUGAGGGAGGCCCCGGCGGGGAUGGCUGUAGCCGUCGGCACAGAGUCCAGGGCCUGGGCAAGGACGGGGAGGGCGGCCGACGGGUCAGGGUGGGAGAACUUGUGUCCAGUAGGGCAGCCGGGCCAGAGAGGAAGGAGGUCCCCAGGGAAGGGCCCGCCAGCCCACCUUCUGUUCAUGUAUGUUUUCAACAAAGGUUUUCUUUAUCUUUCCUCCCUCUCCCUCUGACAAAUCAAACCAAGGGCUGGGCCGGAGUGGGAAGCAGGGCAAGUAUCCUCAUGUCCAAGGGCAGUGUCCAUCCGUGGACACCCCACCCCCCACCCCCACUGUAGACGGCUGUAGAAAUCCACCAGGAGUGAGCCCCCAGGCCCUGGAACUGCAGAACAUGCCACAGACAAGCAUGUGGCCAGUAGCCAUCCCGUCCCCUAUCCCAGGGCCUCUCUCCUCUGCCGCUCUCCUGGGCACCACCACGGGGCCGUCUGGGGUGAAUGGGAUUUUUUUUUUUCUUCCUCUGGGGGAUAAGUCCUUUUGCAUGACCUCUAAAGAGAAAAGCGCAGCCAGCAGUGCCCCCGGGUGCCCACGCGUGGUGGCGCCCACCUGGCCCAGGCCAUGGGAGGGUGCUGCAGAGGCUCGCUGGCUGCCCCACGAUGCUGGCCAACCUUUUCCCCUUUUCUCUUUUUGCUGAGUUUCAUUGUCUUUUCUUUCUGAGCCUUGUAAGUGUACAAAAAGAAAUUCUUAUUUUGUUCUGUCUCGGGAAACUGCAAAUAAAACAAGAACAGGACAAAUUGCUUCCA